CUGCGGAGGACUUUGUUUUCUCGGUCAUGCCAUGGCGACCAACAUCGAGCAAAUAUUCCGGGAUUUCGUUAUGAAUAAAAUACGACAAAUUGAAGACGAAGUGCAGCAUACAGGGGUGACCAGCGAAGGACAUCCAAACGGCAGAGUGUCCCACUCUGUGGAGAAUGAAGGAAGGGUAACCAAUGAAAUGGAGAGCCAAGAGGAAAUCCGUACACACCCCCACCCAUCUGAAGCAAUGGAAAAUCCCACAAAUGCACAACUAGCAGAGGCAGACAAAGUCUUUGACAAUACGGUCGCCGUGAAGGAGCUGGUCAGCAAGGAGGGAAGUGAAACGCCACGUAAGAAAAGUAAAAAGCACAAACGACAUAAGAGCAAAAAGAAAAAGAAGAAAAAGAGAGAAGAGAAAGAGAGCAGCUCUGAGUCAGGAUUGGACUCAGAUGGAGACGCCCGAAAUCGACACAGUGCAAAGAACGAAGCCACAGCCAAUAAACAGGGACGAGACAAUGACCAAGGAGAUGAUGUGGAGGAAGGUUCGAGACGUUUGCACACAGAUCCAACAGGAGAGGAGGGAGAGGGAAGGACAAGAAAACAGAAGCGACACACAAGCAAGAAGAAGAAAAAAAAGAGGAGGAGAGAGGAGGAGAAGCUGGGAAAGAAAUCUCCAACCCGUUCUCGGUCGGAGAGCACUUCGGCUUCUGGAACUGAAUCUGAGAUGGAGUCAAAGCAAGCAUUGAAGCUGGUUUCCACCUCAUCGCCUGUGGUCACAUCAGAUAAUGUCAGACACAUGGAGAACGCAACGCCCUCAAUAGAGGCACUGACUGUAAAGUGUGAAUCCACCUUUGUAGAACACUAUGCGGAUCACGUAAAACCUAGCACCAAAGACAUGUCAUGCAGACUGCCUGUUGAGGAAAUGGUGGACUCCACUGAUAGGAAAGACUCUUCAGCUGUGGACUGUGUGGCUGCAGAGCACAAUGGUGAGCAGGUGAAUUUUCACAAUGCACAUUCACCUGAUCACAGGGGAGAACACAAGGAGGACUUGGACAUCCCAACAGAUGAAAACAGGAAGCAGGAUGGAGAAGGUGGAGAGAGGUGUGGAAACAGGUCUGGAUCACGUUCCAGAUCACGAUCCCCCUCGGAUGUAAAGAAGGAGACAACUCGUCAUACCCCAAGAAAGAAGAGCCGCAGUCCCUCCCGGAGCCCAAAGCAAUUGUCUGGUAAAUCUGGUUCUCCAAAGGCCCAUUCCACCUCCAGGAAGAGAUCUCGAUCUGCCUCCAAGAGGAAGAACAGCCCCAGGAAAAAGCGCUCUAGGUCUCGCUCAAGGAGGCGCAGGUCCAGAUCUCUUUCUGCCAAGAGGAGACAACGCUCUAAGUCCAGGUCCUGUACCAGGAAAAGGAGGUCAAAAUCUAGGUCAGUGCAACGCACUCGUCGCACAAGAUCCAGAUCUGUUGUACGCUCGCGUCAGUCUCGGUCAAAAUCACUUAGACGCAAGCAUUCGAGGUCCAGAUCAAGGACGUCUCGGUCUCAUGGGCAAAACCGACGCUCUCGGUCCCGGUCUGUUAGAAGGACCAGGCAGUCCAGAUCCUUGUCCCGCUCACGCCGUAGAAGGUCACGAUCCAGGUCAACCAGGCGAACCAGGCGGACUCGAUCAAGGUCCAUAGUUAUCCUGAGGAGUUCAAGGAGAAACAGAAGAUCCACAUCAGCAAGGCGGAAUAGAUCCAGAACAAGGUCCCCAAAAAGACGGCGGUCUGAAUCUCGGUCACCGCGGCGUUCCAGGCGUUCAAAGUCGAGGUCAGCAGUGAGGCGGAGGCGAUCAAAAUCCAAGUCUCAGAGGAGGAGCGUUUCGAAAUCGAGAUCUGCUCACCGGAGUAAGCGAUCAACAUCAAGAUCCCACACAAGACAUCAGUCAAAAUCUAAAUCUCCUAAACAUGGCAGUAAAGAAAGAAAAGGUUCCUCUCCUAAGAUGUGUAAGCACUCGAAAUCAAGCUCUCCCACAAGAAAUGAAUCAAAUGAAUCAAAAAACAGCCACCAUACAAGUCUGACUCUGGAGAAGACAAAUGAGGCAGAUGCUAUUUCUGAAGAAAUUACUCCUCAAGUUCUAGCUGGGCACUCAGUGAAAGAAGAACCCCCUUUAGAUUUUGCCAGCCCUGAAAUGGGACAGCCAUCUGCUGUGUCUGUUGAACACAGCACAGACAGCUCAGAGACAAGCUUUGUCCCCACUGGGUCCUGGAAACCAGUGCCCUUUUUAGUUGAUAGCAAGGUGGGGAACAAGCCUUCUCCUAUGAAAGAAGUGGCAAGUAUUUUCUCUUCUAAAGCCCAGGCUAAUGUUUCUGAGGAGCCCCAUGACAGUAGAUCUCCACAGAGGGGUGAAACUGAAAAGUGCUUUACAGCGGAGAUGGCUUUGACUCAUCAGGAUUUUUCAGUGCCCUCAGACUCCUGUGCUGACAGUCAAUCAGAACUGACCUGUAAACAGCACUAUUCUGAGUCACAGGGUGCGUCUGAUGGUAGAGGCGAGCAGACUGACAGGUCCAGGUCUGUUUCCCCACAGUCUGACAGGCGGUCUGAAUCGCUUCCUCCCUUGUCAGACAGAUCAGUGCUGGAAGAGUCGAAUCACAUUACAUUAAUGGACAAGAAAACUGAAAGUGAUGAGAAGUCUAUACAAUUGCCUAGAAGCUCACAUUCAAGAUCUCCUGCCAGUCAUGAUGGUGAUUCUUUGAGACCCCAGUCACCGUUAACAGAGGCAAAGCCACAUGCUGGAAGAGACACCAAGUCCACUCCGGAAAGUAAAUUGUCUAAACAAAGACAUUCUCCAGCAUCUCCUACCAGAAAGGAAUCUUCAAAGUCAAGAAGUCCCUCAAGGAGGAAGAAAUCAAAGUCCAGGUCACUUACUUGUAAAAAGCGUUCUAGGUCCACUUCAUCUUCUAGAAGAAGACGGUCCCUAUCAAAAACUACUGCUCGAAGGAAGAAAUCAAAGUCCAAGUCUCCAGCAAAGAAGAGGAAAUCCAGGUCUCCGUCUCGCAGUCGGAAGAAAAGGUCCAAGUCUAAGUCUCCCGCAAGGAGAAGGCGAUCAAGGUCGAAGUCAGUGACUAGAAAACGCAAGUCACAUUCAAAGUCCAGAUCCCCUAAAAGGAAACGGUCAAAGUCCAGGUCUCCUGCCAAAAGGAAGCGAUCAAAGUCCAGGUCGCCCACUAAAAAGAAACGUUCAAAGUCCAGGUCUCCGGGCCGCAGGAGGAGAUCUAAGUCCGCAGACAAAAGCAAACGCUCAAAAUCCCGUUCCCCGGCCAGGAGGAGGCGGUCGCGGUCCAGGGCUCGCCGCUCGAGGUCCCGGCAGUCGCGCUCCAGCUCUCGCCGGAGGAGGAGUGGCUUCCCCUUGAAUCGGCGGGACCGGUGGAAGCGCACCCCAAGCCACUCCCCUGUCCUCAUCCUCCGCAAGAGGAGGUCCGCUUCACGCGCCCGCCGAAGCUCUAGCAAGACCCCACCGCGCCUCACUGAGCUCGAUAAGGACCAGCUGCUUGAAAUCGCCAAGGCCAACGCAGCUGCCAUGUGUGCUAAGGCCGGCAUGCCUAUUCCCGAGAGCCUUAGGCCCAAGGCCAUCCUCCAGCUGCCUCUCCCAGCCCCAGUCCCCACGCCCAUGUCCCUGCCCCUGUCCAUGAAUCUCCCAGUAAACCUGCCCAUGGGCAUGUCCAACAUGCCCAACAUGACUAUGAGUGCAGCCGUGGCCACCAUGAACGCAGCCCUGUCCACCAUGAGCGCCCUCACAGCGAUGCCUGCCCUGCCCACCAUCACCAACAAGCCGCCAGCCACGGCUGUGCCCAACACUGCCAACAUCGAGGAGGUCAAGAGGAAGGUGGCGCAGAAGGCUAACAGCAUCAGCAUCAAGGAGCUCACAGAGAAGUGUAAGAAGAUUGCAGAGAGUAAGGAGGAGAUGGCUGUUAACAAGCCGCAUGUGUCUGAUGACGAGGAUGACGAGAAGCCAUUCGCAGGAGUGGGUCUCAGGGAGAACAAGGGAAUUACCUUCAGCCUCAGUAAUUCAUCGGCAAAACCAGCAACAAGAACCGAAGCGGCCUACGCUAAGGAGUUCCCAGUGUCUUCAGGGUCUCAGCACCGCAAGAGGGAGGGUGAUGGGGCCUAUGGAGAGUGGGUUCCUGUAGACAAGAAGGGAGAUAAGGCUGCAGGAACAACAGCUUCAGCAGCGGACGAAGAAGGCAAGGAGAACGACAGCGUCUUCCCUGACGCACCUCUUCAGCCUGUGGACAUCACGCUAGCCGUGAGUGAGAGGGCCGUGGCGCAGAAGCGGCUGGCGGAGAACCCCUUCGAUGUCAACGCCAUUUGCAUGCUGAGUCGGGCACAGGAGCAGGUGGAUGCAUGGGCCCAGUCCAACACCAUCCCGGGUCUCUUCACUGGCUCCACGGGCGCCCAGGUGCUGUCCUCUGAAGAGCUGUCCACUAGUGGGCCUCAGGCCUGGAUCAAGAAGGACCAGUUCCUGCGAGCUGCGCCCGUCUCCGGGGGUGUGGGCGAGUUCCUGAUGAGGAAGAUGGGCUGGCGUGCGGGCGAGGGACUGGGCAAAUACAGAGAGGGUACUGUGGAACCCAUUGUGAUCGACUUCAAGACCGACCGUAAAGGUCUGGUAGCAGAGGGGGAGAAGACCCAGAAGUCUGGCAGUCUGGUGGUAAUGAAGGACUUGCUGGGAAAACAUCCUGUGUCAGCGCUGAUGGAGAUGUGUAACAAGAAGAAGUGGGCGCCCCCAGAGUUUGUCAUGGUGCACGACAGCGGGCCUGACCACCGCAAGAACUUCCUCUUCAAGGUGGUGAUCAAUGGCACGGACUACCAGCCUCAGACUGCCAGCCCCAACAAGAAGCAUGCCAAAGCCAUGGCAGCAACGGUGGCCUUGCAGGCCAUGGGGGAGGUGUCCGGGGACAGUGUGUACAGUGGCCCAGUCUUUACAGCUGCCACCUCCACUGGCUAACCUCCUACAUACGCACACAAGCGCUGCCCGUUCCAACAGUUCUGACCAAAUUUUUACCCCACGCACACCCACACCCACACACAGACAAACAAAUGUCGUUUUCGCCUGUCUGGUCUGGUAAAUUAUGAACCCAAAUUAUGAACCCAAAUACACACACCAUUGCCGCUAAGAGACAAGCUGGCAACUCACACACACACACACACACACACACACACAGAUAAACACGCACACAGUUAUCUACCAAGAAUGGGAUGGCACAUAUAAUUGUGCUUUAACUGUUCGUUCUUCUGUACUUUCAGUGUUUUAUAUGUAAAGAGGUUGUUUUUAGCCUGAGUUGUUUAUUGAAGGAGAAAUCCUGUUCCAGCGUGCUGGAGACAUUUCUGAGACAAUGUGAUAGGAACCUCUCCUUUUGAUUUGAAAGAAACGUUCUUUUACGAUUUAAGGGGUUAAUAACAUCGACCAGAGUUGGUGUCCCUCUUAAGCAAGUGUUUCUGAUGACCGCUAUUUACUGGAAGCAUGCUGUGAGUUCAUCAGGAGAAGAAAUCAUUAAAGCAAAACAUGACCAAAUGGGUGUGAAGACCUAAAGACAAGUAAGGAGAAGUACACUGCUGAGAGACCAUUGGAAAUUUCGAAGAGAUGUUCCUGACAUUUUUUGCCUAGUCUUGAGUUCAAAAGGCAAGAUUGUUGAGUGCCAGAUUUUAAGUAGUUGUAGACUCCUCUCAUCUCUGCAAAUAGAUUUUUGUAAAUAACUCUUUGUGUCCUGCCUACAGUAUAUUGCCCUGCUCCAUAAGUUUCUCUUAGUUUCUUAACCUUUCACUGUUCCCGUUUUAACUAUAGUAAGUGCUACGUUUAUUUACGCAGGCAAGAGUGUGGGGGUGGCUAGAGGUGACCUUUGCCACAUGAUUGUAAUGUGAGAACCAGGUUGCUGGAAGCGGUGUUCAUGCGCCUUUUGAGUCUUUGCUUUGACUGUGAUGAGUUUAGAAUCCAAUGGCUGCUAGUGCACCACCCAACAUUAAUGUUCUACAUUAUAGGUAAAUGGGAUGUUAUAUCCCCCAAUCCACUGGUUUUUGAAGAUCCCAAAAGGCACUACAUAGAUUCUGUUCA